AUGGCCAAAGGAAUCACAUCCCGAAGCCAUUGGCGCGCACGACGAAAGAUCUCCGAAUCCACACGUUCAAAUCGCCUCAAACUUCACAAGGAGCCACAAAACAUAAGGUUGGUCGAUGAAAAUUCAUUUCAGUACAAUGAAUUCCUUACAAUUCAAGAGAUGGCCGAUGGAGUGAAAUUUGGCCGAUCGCGAGCAAGUAAAAUGGCCGACAAUCCAAAUCACGGCAUUUACCGCGGCCACCGGCUCAAAUCACCUCCAUCAAGCAUCACAUCGCAUCUAAAGAAGAAAAUCCAGAUUGGAACGAGCAGAAUUGGAGAAGACCGAAGGAAGACGUUCCCGGAGCCAAUUUGA